GAUGGCUGUGAGUGAUGUUUGAUCAGAUUAUUAUAAUCAUUGCAGAAUAAACAAACUUGUCUAGAGGCGAUAAAAAGGCCACAAUGGCACAAGUGGCAGGGACUGCUCUGACUGUCUCAUUCACAGGAGGCAUCAGGCACAGCUACUUCAGCUCAUGUCUAGUUUGAAGACUGGAUGAUGUUACUUUUUCUGCCCUCACCUCACCUAUGCAUUUACUGCAUACUUUCUCAUUCACUAUUGGACGUCACUUCUAGCAAGGCUGCGUUUAUCCUCUGGUAUUUUGGAGCACUGAUGAUAUGAUGAUAAUCAUUUGGAAUGUACUUUUACAAGCAUUUUUGCUGGCACUGGUCAAAGCAAACCAGAGGAGCUCCAGGGACCCUGCCAACUGCAAACUCAACAAGAAACAAAGUCAGUUGAACUCCUUUCUCUGGACCAUCAAACGAGACCCUCCAGCAUACUUAUUUGGCACCAUUCAUGUUCCAUACACAAGGGUGUGGGAUUUUAUCCCAGAAAACUCUAAGAAAGCUUUCCAGCAGAGCAAUAUUGUAUACUUUGAGUUGGAUUUGACAGAUCCCUACACAAUCUCUGCGCUGACCAGUUGCCAGAUGCUGCCUCAGGGUGAGAAUCUACAAAGUGUUCUUCCUAGGGAUAUUUAUCGCAGACUCAAACGCCAUUUGGAAUAUGUUAAACUCAUGAUGCCCUCAUGGAUGACUCCAGAUCAAAGAGGGAAAGGUCUUUAUGCUGAUUAUUUAUUCAAUGCCAUUGCUGGAAACUGGGAACGAAAGAGACCAGUAUGGGUAAUGCUCAUGGUGAAUUCCCUGACAGAGGUUGACAUUAAAUCAAGGGGAGUCCCAGUACUGGAUCUGUAUCUUGCUCAGGAAGCAGAGCGUCUUAAAAAAAUAACUGGCGCAGUCGAGAAAGUAGAAGAACAAUGUCACCCGCUUAAUGGGUUGAGUUUGUCACAGGUUAUAUUUGCCUUAAACCAAACUCUCUUGCAGCAGGAGAGCCUUCGUGCUGGAGGUCUACAAGCUCCAUACACCACCGAGGACCUCAUCAAACAUUACAACUGUGGAGACCUGAACGCCAUAAUAUUUAACCAUGAUUCUUCACAAGUGCCAAAUUUUAUAAAUGCCACACUCCCACCACAUGAACAAACAACUGCACAAGAGAUCGAUAGCUAUUUUCGGCAAGAGCUAAUCUACAAAAGAAACGAACGUAUGGGGAAGAGAGUGAAAGAUCUAUUAGAAGAGUUUCCGCAAAAGAGCUUUUUCUUUGCUUUUGGUGCAGGUCAUUUCAUGGGUAACAAUACUGUCAUUGAUGUCUUAAAACGAUACGGCUAUGAUGUGCAUCACACCCCUGCUGGAAAGUCAAUCAUGAGUGGCAAAAGUAAAAAGUUUCCUACCUCAAAGUUGUCACCUUCUCCAGCUUCAAUGUUAUCAUCCCCAUGCGCAUCUAUGAGGCCUAAAAUGAACCCACUCAAAGAGAAAGAGAUGAUACCCAAGCUGCUCAUGUCUGAUAAUGUAGAUGGAAUGGCCAAGGAUGACAGGAAGUACAAAAAGAAGAAGCCAAAGAAGGAAAAACACCGUCACUUUAGUGACCUCUGGGUUCGCAUUCAAGAUAGUGUCACUGACCCUCCCCCACACAUCCAAAUUAUUAAUGGAUAUAUAACACUGGAACCACAACCCAGAAGAUAUGGGAAUGACUCUUUUAUGCAGGCAGUUAACAGUGGCUCUUCAGCUCAAUCAGUUUUCACUGUUCUAUUACUGUUUAUUUGCCAUUUACAGCAAAUGCUAAUACAGUGAGGAUCUGAAAGAAUAAAACACCAAUAUACUUGAAUGGGCAUUCAUGCAAAUAGACAAUACACUGGUCCCUCAAGUUACAAUAUUAAUUGGUUGCAGGAUGACCAUUAUAAGUUAAAACCAUUGUAACUUGAGUUUGUAACUCUAGGGAAAAAAUGGAAUUGGUUCCAAAGCCCCAAAAUGUCAGACCAAGAUAAGAGAAAAUAAAGAUUUAACACAGAUAAAGCAAGUAUAUAUGAACGUACGGAAUAGUUGCUGGGAGCUGUAAAUUACUUUUGAUGAGGAGGACAGGAGCUUUUUCAGGAUCCUGAGCCGCCCUCACCUGACAUCCAAAGGAGCAGCUCAUCCUGGUACAGAUAGAGGGCAGUACAGGACAUGUAGAGAGGAGCUACUGGACAAAUAGUACAGGUGUUUCACCAGAGAAAUGGCCAUGUUGAUUGGUUAGAACUGAGUCUGAGACAAUGUAUAUUGACUAGUUUCAACAUAUGAUGGUUCAGGAAACACCAUUGUAGGUAUUGUACCCGGAGCCCAUUGUAUCUUGAGGGACCACUGCAGUGUGUUUGCCAGCACCGGAAAAGGGUCUAUUGGCAUACAAAUGUUUAGUGACUUCUGCCCUAAGUGCUUUACCUUGUAAUGGACCGUUAAUAUAAUUUUGCAGAUUAAUAAUGAACAGAUAAUAUACUUUUUAUUGGAAAAGUUAUAAUUUUUCUUCUCUUGAGGAAGGAUGGUUUC